UAAUUUCUUCAUCUUCAUAACUUUUUUCAAAAAAACCUUUUUUUUGUUAGUUUACAAAUUCAAUAUACACAAACACAGUUUAUUACAGGAGAUUUAGGAAAAAAGAUCUUGAUUGCUCAUCGCUGGACUGGUUAUUUGAAUGUUCAUGUGAUGAUCGGUUCGUUUGUUUAAUUUGACAUCAAAGGUUCUUUGAGUAUUUUUGAUACACGGGAGGAGAAUUCUACUCCAUAUAUGGCUUAUGUUGGUGCGUCACUAUUGACCCGACAGAAUCACACAAUUAGUGAAUAUCAUCUUUAAUAUUUUAUUUUAUACUAAUUUGGGCUUGAAUUCCAUUUGUUUUCACAAAUGUAAAGAAUAUUCCUUCAUUUCGCUUUGUUUAUUCACACAGUUUGUAUAUAAUUGAGCUUAAUUGUUCUGAUUUUAUAACAGGGUCGCACACAUACACACACACACACACACACAUAGAGAGAGCGCGCUGCAGGCUCAUGCACACAGCACGCAUUUGAGGACAGCGCGCCGCGUGAUUCGGAUGCUCAGCGAAUUGUCUGCGCAUAUAAAGUGAUCUUUUGGACAUUUUUAGUCAGUUUUGUGAUUUAAUUUCGUUCAAGUCAGCCUGAGGAAGGUACAGUUUAGUACCGAAACGUCGCACAAGACUUGAACGGUACAGUUUGUUUUGUUUUUGGAGUUUUUUGCUGAGUUUGGUGUGCGUUUAGGAUGGAUGUUUUUUCGAGGCGCGAGAGACAGCGUUUGGCGCCGCGUCCUCGUAUUAGACUCACUGAUACAUCACCAAACUACAGAUUUGAUGCUUCAAUGAAGAAUACAACUGCACGUUUUCGUGCAAAUGAGUUUAAUUAUGACUCACACGACCAAGAAAAGAAUACAAAUGCACGUUUACGUGCAAGACGUGACAACAAAUUGUUUAACAAACAAACAAAUGCACGUUUUCGUGCACGUGAGUUUAUGAAUACACAAUACAGAGAUUUGAAUUGGCAACAUGAGUAUUCCCGUCCAGGUCGAGUACCAGUGUCCCGAGAAAGUGCCAGGCUUGGUUCUUCUCGUUCAGUCUCUACUUUCCACCCUGAUCAGCACUAUGAGGUUGUAGGUCCAUACAGACCUCCCAAUAGACACCAAAUAAAGCGUCAACGCAAUAGAGCAAAGCGCACACAGUUUGCCACUGCGUCUAAUGUUGAUGCUGAAAUUGAGAACCACGCAGAGCGUGAAUUUUUUGUUGAGCAAGAUGCUCUUUCUGAGGAGGAUGUUCCUCAGCAAUAUAAUGACCCUUCUGAGUUUGAUUCAGUUUCUACUCAAAAUCUCAGGAACCGAGCAACUUCCAAUACUUUUCCUUCUCAUUCUUCCUCUGCUCGCAGAAUAAAAUCUGUUUCUUUUGUGAAUCACGGGGGACGUUUCCGUGAUGUUGAAGUUUCUCUGGACAGAGGAACUCACCCACGCACUUUUGAAAGGGACAGAUUUGCACGCCAUUUCCCCCAAGAAAGGGAGGUUGGAGGGGGAAAGUUUAACAAUUUAAAACAACGAUUGUUACGUAGCACCACACACAUUCCUGCACCCCCUAAGCUUAAAGCAACAAUCAAACGCAUGUAUGAUUUGAUCCGUUUAGUUCACCAUUUGGGGAAAGUCACUACAAAGAUUCAAGAUAACCAACCGAUUACUUUUCAAAGGUUGACUGGCAUUUUGAUUGAGGCCGUCAACCCCGCGUCUCCUAACGAUCAGGUGCGUCAAAUGCUAGAGGGUAACGCUAAAAAUUGGUCUUUUACCACACAGCUCAUUUUAGAACAGCACUAUGAGACGUUGAUAGACGAAACGAUUAAAGCCAUCCGGGAACAAACGGACCAAGCCGAUUGGCCAAAGGCGUUUGAAGUAGCGUCUAAUUGGGCUGAUCGUAAUUUUCGGGGAAGGGUGAGUCCUGAGACUAUUGAACAAGCAGAGGCUUUCAUUACAGCUGAACUAUCAGAAGCGAAUUCCAAUGCAAUACCAUUGGUCAUAGCUGAAGAGCAAGUGUCAGAGUCCCCACGACCUCGCACAUUUGCGGAAGUGGCAGUCUCUGGCUCACAACUACUAGCACGAACAGCACCAGCUCCACUGCCAUUGGUUAGUACCCCUCUAGUUGUGGUCCGCCCGAAAGCGGGGGCACACCACAUUGAAGUCCAAACCUCACCAUCUCUUUUGGUGGAAGGGGGGGGUGUCAAAGUCUCCUCCAAAUCGGAGAGACUGGUCUUUUGAAAGGGAAUUGUCUCCCGUGGGACCGCAACCAGCGCUCCAGCCCAUACAGGCUCGAGCGAUGUCACCACAAAAACAAAGGAUUAGGAAAACGCAUACACACCAGUCCGAGGCUC